CAUAAGUUAAAAAGUUUGUUUUUAUCAUGAUAUAAUUGCGAAAAGUAAUAAAAAAAACUUUAGGUAUUUGUUAUCUAAAUAUAUUUAAAAUUUUAAUUUACAAAAAAUAUUUUUAAAUAUUUUUAUUUCCUCUAGAUUCUCCCACUAAUACCUUGAGAAAACCUCAAAAUUUGAAAAUCUCCCAAGAAAUAUCUGGGUGGAGAAAUUGCCAAGAACGAGAUUUGUCACUAUGUGUACACCGUAAGUCUAUCCCUACAUUUCAUCAUCAUUGUUAGAGAACGCAACCAUGUGUGUACGUGCAAAGCACCAUACCAGUGGAGUGUUCGAGUGCACAGCAGCCGUGUGUGUACAUGUAGAGAACUGUACUAAUUUGUAUCUUAUUAUCUUAUUUUGAUUUGAUUCUAUUGUUCUCUCAUUGUAAACAAGUGUUUAUCUCAAUUUAAACAAGUGAUAAUAAAUAAAGGACUUGAGGAGCAAAGAGUUAUGAAAUUUAUGUAUUUUUCCCUCAUCCCACGACUUCUCUACUUCUUCCUUUCUCUUCUCUCAUCUGGUUUCACCUACAAUCACCAUUCAAUUGUGCGCGCGCAGGCCUUAAAGCGAACUCCAACUUAUAGAACUUGGAGAUCUACAUUGGAUUAGCGAUUGCGCAUUGCCCAAAACAAGAAACCUUUGCCAAUAAGCAAAAUGCUUCAUUUUUCCUUCCCAAACUAUUGGAAAAACAUCCUUUGGACAAAAGAUGGCAUACCGGCAUGAUUCGCUGGGCUGAUUGCAAACGGUGUUCUUCCAUGGUGAAAACAAUCCUCACUUGGGGGUGACUUUGUAUGGACCCAAUCGAGUGAAUGUUGGCAUACACAAUUUCCCUUUCUCAUGAUCCAAUCAUCCAAAGUAGGGGAUAACUUAAUUUUUCACAUUCUACCUUAUGGUCAAGGGACUAACAAUAUAUGUAGUAUGAUGGAUGCUCGCUUUAAUUGAGAUUGAAGAGCAUCCAUCAUACUAGUUUUGUCCAAUGUGCCAACAACACCUGUUGUGCACACUCAUGUACUGAUGAGAGAACAUCAAUCUCUAACCAGCCAUGAUUUAACCAGUCACUACUGAGCGGUCAUCCAAUACCAUUACAAUCUUACUUGAUGUAUUGCCUAAGCGCAUCAUCAGUUGUGAAAUUGUUGUUGGUGCCACAGAAUUGCAAGACCAAGUCUCCCCCUAGCAUCAUUGCCCGAAUCAAUGCACUUGGCUUACUACAAUGUCAUCAGGGGACACCCAACUACACUGUUGUGCAAACUCAUGUACUACUAUGACCAUCCAUCUUUGACCAACCAUGACUUAACAAGUCACUCUUAAGUUGUCAUCCAAUACCAUGACAAUCUUACUUGAUGUUGCUGCCUAAGCACAUCAUGGAUUGCAAAAUCAUUCUGAUGCCAAGGAACUGCAAAACCAUGUCUCAUCAGGGACUCGUUGAAAGAGGAGCCCAUCAUUGGGGAUGUGAGCUUGGGGAGGCACUCUAUUAUGGGGUUUCGUUGCUUAUCUUCAACAGGCAAGGGUCUCCUUCAUCCAAGAGGUAAUUUUGCAGGAUUGAAAGGGGUUGAAAUUUGAUAUCUCAGCUACUCGAAAUUAGAGUUAUUUUAGCAGCAUGGAGUAUUUUACUCAAUGUCAAAAGCUUUGUCAAAUAGAAACCAGGAGAAUGGUUAUUGUGAUGGGGCUAAUAGCAUCUGCCAUUUUAGUUUUUCAGUCUCUCGCUCUUACAUAUGGAAAUGCUUUGUCAUCUCCGUUUCCGGCUGGUAAGGUUCCCAUACUACUUGCAAAAGGUAGCCUGGGGAGUGAAGAUUCUUCUCCUAAAUCUCCUCGUGAGCUCCCCCUUUCAAAUGAUUCAAUAAACACUAAGGAGUCAUCUGCUGUUGGAGUGGUAAAAUGGACUGGAGCUUCUGAUAUGGGGAGAGGAACUGAGCAUGUUAAUGAAAGAAAAGAAAAUGAUGGAGACCCAGAUAGUGAAUCUGUGUUGGAGAAUGAUGGUGACCCAGAUGAGGAUUUUUUGCUGGAUGAGGAUAGAAAUCCAGAUGGAGAGUUUUUAGAUGAGGAAGUUGUAGACCAGGGUAAUGGUUUGACACAAGAGAAGGUUAGAGACCCACAUAAUAGUUCUACACUAGAAAAAGCUGGAGAUGAAGAGAAUGGGCUUUCACUGGAGAAGGAUGCAAAACCAGGAAAAUCAGAUGCAAAUUCCUUCAAUUCUGUUGUACCUGCUGCCUCCGACAUACCUUCAAUGGGCAAGCAGGCAACAGAAAUGCUUCUUCCAAAGGGUAAAAAUUCAGAGCUAGGGCAAAGUGUUUCGCCUUCUUUGGAUGAUGAUUCCAUAAUAGUUAGUAUUCCUGUGAGAAAGAACAUGAAGCAAGUGAUGCCACGUAUUCCAAUAUCCCUGAUGAACCGUAUAUUGCAACGGAAUCGUGUUUCAUCCCGUUCAAUGAGACCACGGUGGUCAUCUGCACAUGACCAGGAGCUUUUAUCCGCAAGAAAACAGAUUCAGAGUGCUCCUAUUGUGAGGAACAACCCUGAACUAUAUGCUCCUGUUUUUCGGAAUGUUUCCAUGUUUAAAAGGAGCUAUGAGUUGAUGGAACACGUGCUCAAGGUAUAUGUUUACAAGGAAGGUAAAAAACCCAUAUUCCAUACUCCAAUGCUUGGAGGAAUUUAUGCCUCUGAGGGAUGGUUUAUGAAGCUGAUGGAGGGAAACAAACAGUUUGUCGUGAAGAACCCCAGAAAAGCCCACCUGUUUUACUUGCCUUUUAGUUCACGUUUUCUACAGCAUGCUCUAUAUGUACCUGGAUCACAUAAUCGGAGGAAUCUAGCAGCACACUUGAAGAAUUACAUUGAAAAUAUAGCUAUGAAGUAUCCUUUUUGGAACAGAACUGGUGGGGCAGAUCAUUUUCUUGCUGCCUGCCAUGACUGGGCACCAUAUGAGACAAGGCACAAUCUGGACCGUACCAUCAGAGCCCUCUGCAAUGCCGAUCUGAACGAAGGCUUCAAGAUAGGGAAAGACGUAUCUCUCCCAGAGACAUUUGUGCGUAAUCAACAGAAUCCACUGAGGGAUCUUGGAGGCAAACCAGCUUCCAAGAGGCCAACUCUCGCCUUCUUUGCUGGAAACAUGCAUGGGAGGGUCCGUCCCAUCCUACUUCAGUACUGGGAGAACAAAGACCCCGACAUGAAAAUUUUUGGCCCGAUGCCACGCGGGCCCAAGCGUAAAACGACAUAUAUCCAGUACAUGAAAACCAGCAAGUACUGCAUCUGCCCAAGGGGCUAUGAAGUCAACAGUCCACGAGUGGUCGAGGCCAUCUUCUAUGAAUGUGUUCCAGUGAUCAUAUCGGAUAACUUUGUGCCACCAUUUUUUGAGAUCUUUGAUUGGGAAUCGUUUUCGGUCUUUGUGGCGGAGAAGGACAUUCCAAUGUUGAAGGACAUACUCCUAUCAAUCCCAGACAAGAAGUACCGGACCAUGCAGAUGAGGGUGAAGAAAGUGCAGCAGCAUUUUCUAUGGCACAGCAAGCCUGUGAAGUAUGACAUAUUUCAUAUGACUCUUCACUCAAUCUGGUAUAACAGAGUGCAUCAGGUAAAAACCAGGUGAGGGGGUAGAGAUAUUUGGAUUUGGUGGAUUUUGGGAGAGAGGGAAAAACAACUCAAUGAGGGAAGAGCUUCAGAUAUAUGGGUUUUAUUUGUGUUUGAUCUUUUGGCCUUGAAUGACCCUCAUAUGAUAUCAAAGUCUCUCUCUGGAGUGGACAGAAGCUAGUAGAAGGAAGCAAGAAAGGAAAUCCCUGGGUGAUAACAGAAAUUCAUGGGAAAGGGAGAAUUGGAAAUUCAUGGGUGAUAACGGAAAGGAAACUGGGCUUGAAUGUGUACAAAGUAGAGUGAAGAAAGUGGGAAAUGUCAAGCCCACUUGAGUUGGAUGUGUAGUUGUGUACCAUCAAGAUUCUCUUUUUGUAUGAUAUUAUCUUAUCUUGGUUUUUUAGGGCAUGUUUGUAUUUGUUAAAACCAUUAUGUGAAUAUCCAUGAAAUGGAAAAUUGUGUAUACUACAGGAAAUCUGUGUUUGGUUUGU